UCCUGCGGCAUCUCCCAUUUAGCAGACGGUCAUUCUUUGUAAUUCAUCUGCAGUCUUCCCAAAGCCUGUCCUCCCCGUCUCUUCGUUUCGUCCUAACCUCGCUUAUGCAUCUCCUAGCCCGGUUCUAGAGACUGGAGACGCGUGCAACAAUGAGCCACGCCACUCUCAAGACACGCCGUCGCCAGGAUUACCCGUACCUACUGGAGUACAGGACAAGAUGGAACGACAAUGACAUGUACGAUCAUAUGAACAACUCGGUGUACAACUUCCUAUUCGACUCCGCGGUGAACAGUUAUCUUGUCGAAAAGUGUGGCAUCCACCCCCCUUCAUCCCCUCAGUACGGCCUGGCAGUCCAUUCCCACACAGACUUUCUGGCGUCGAUUGCCUAUCCAGCCGUGGCGGAGGUGGGAGUGCGUGUGACGAAGCUGGGCACGUCCAGCGUCACGUACGAAGUGGCCCUGUUUGAGAGGGGCAGUGAUGAAGUCAAAGCUGUGGGAGGAUUCGUGCAUGUGUUUGUUGAGAGAUCCACAGGCAAGCCCCCCAAAGAUGGGAUGAAUGCCCAGUUGCGAGAGGCACUAGACAAGAUCAACCUGGGGCCUGUUGUUCCUAGCAAGGAGACUAGCAAGCUAUGAGCUGUCACAUAGUUGUCAACUGUUCACAACACCCUUUGCUGAUCCACCUCGAUAGCG